AUGGUGGCGAUGACAGAGGACCAUCAACACGCAGCAUCUGGAGAGAAGAAAUCUUUUUUUCGGAAGUAUUUCCUCGAAGGCCAACAAUUAGAAGAAUCAGCAGCACAAUCUGUGCCACCCGAUGCCGACUUUAUUCAACGAUUUUUGAUAAUUCAUAGGAAAUAUGUUGCUUUCUUGCUUCCGAUUGUCGUGAUGCAGACGUUGUGGUGGUUGACAGCAAUACGAUACGAAUGGCUAAGUUUGUAUAGGACAAGAUGGCACAUGCCAGUUAUUAUGAUACUUGGUGCGCUUGUAGCAGGAAUGACAUCAGAAGGCGGUGGAGCCGUAGCGUUCCCCUUUAUGACUCUUGGACUACACAUUGAUCCUAUAACUGCAAGGGAUUUCUCUCUUCUUAUGCAAUCCGUUGGAAUGACGUGCGCAUUAUUUGUUGUGGUUUUCAUGCAGAUUCAAAUCGAGCAGAAGGCUGUACUGUUUGGAACACUCGGCUCUAUCCCUGGUCUCGUAUUUGGUUUCAAAUUUUUUGACCCUCUCCUUGAUGCAGCCGAAAAGAAGAUGUUAUUUGUUUCUAUUUGGGCAUCGUUCGCUGUAGCUUUAUUCAUACUAAAUUCGCAAAAGAAGAGGAAGACUUACACGAAGAUCCCAGAUUUCAAGCCCUGGAAAGCUGUGGUGCUUACUGCCACUGGAUUUGUGGGAGGCAUUUUCACUGCGUUCGCUGGAUCUGGUGUGGACAUUUGCAUUUUCUCAAUAAUCACUCUCUUGUUCAGAGUAACAGAAAAGACCGCCACUCCAACCACGGUGGUCCUUAUGGGAAUGAAUUCAAUAGUUGGAGCUUAUUAUCGUCUUAUAUGGGAAGGUGACGUACCAAGACUAGCACUAGAAUAUCUACAAGUUUCUAUUCCUGUGGGAGUCACGCUUGCGCCAUUCGGCAGUUUUCUGGGAUCUCAUUUCCACAGACAGGUUCUUGCAAGCUUCAUCUACGUUCUCGAAGCUCUUUCUGUUAUUGGAUUUCUACUCACUCGACCACCUCUUAUAUUGAUUGGCGUUGGAGCCGCCAUCAUUCUCGCUGGCUUUGGAUUCUUCUCAGUAAUCAGCAUGACUGGACACCACUUGAUGAAGAAAGUUGAGACAAGAAAGCGACCUUCUGACGGUUCGGGGACAAAGGAACAUUCAUACGCUGCAUGUCCAAGCGUAGCGAAGUAUUUCAUUUUGGGUGCUGCACCCAAUAGACCCGUCAAUGGUGCUAAACGGACUGGUAAACGAAAGGACUUUGUGAAGAAGUCCGACCAUCCGGUCGGCAGUCUUCCUGUAGGUCGCUUAAUACUGCCUGGGACCCAGUCGCUCACUGCUCAACUCCAACGACUACCUUCUAAACGAAAAAAUGCGCUUUUGGAAGGCUCUGUUUGUGAAUAA